UGCAACAUUGUAUGUGGUACAUAUUAAUAAUGAUAAGAUGUACAAAAAGAAAAGAUGAUUUUAAGUGCGGUUCGAGUAUGUCGUAAGUCAGGGACCACCUGUAUUACAGCAGAAAAUGAGCAAUUUUACCAGUUUAUUCUUCCGGUGACCAAAGACAAACCUUUCUCUUUUUAUCUCUAAACUCAAUCCCAUUUGCUAUCGGAUACCUUUGAGAAUAGCUCAGCUACAGUGUAGUCUCUUAAAAGAUUAAGAUAUUUUCUGGCAACCAAGGCUGUGGUUCAUUAAUCUGUGAUUCUUUUCUUUUGCUCUUUCUUUUAAAGAUAGUGUUUUUAGAAGAAGCAUCUCAACAAGAAAAACUGGCCAAAGAAUGGUGCUUCAAGCCGUCUGAAGUAAGAGAACUGAGCCCCCAAUUUUCAUAAGAAUAUAUGCUGAAGAAAACUGACAUUUAUAGUCACCUGCUUGCAUGCCUUUGGGAUAGAUGGAUUAGAAGAAAGUUUUGGAGGUGGUAUGGAUGAACAUAUCUGUGAGUCUUCACAUCCUUUUGCCCCUCUUUCUGAGGUUGCUUUUGGAGUUAAAUCCAUCAAAAGUGCAGAUCCCAGGAGCCUUGUAAGUGCUACAUACAGAGAAGUGGUAAGGCAAGAAUUUAAACUUUGGUGGAAAACUGAGGUCUUUAAGGGAAAAUCAUAUUUAAAAUGCAAAGUAAUUCUCAUAUCAAACACACAGGAUAUGAGCACUUGAAUUUCUUGAUGUCUCAUGAUUAAAAUACCAUAGAAGAUGAUGUCUCUGACACUAUUUUUAAUAGACUUGGCCCAAUACCCAGUGUACUUAGAGGUCUGUCUCAGCACUAUGUGGAUUUUUAAAAAGUGAAAAUUACAACUGGAGUACCGUGGACAAUCCCUGGAUGGCACGAACGGUUAAGUGCUUGACUACUAGCAGAAUGGUUGACGAUUCAAACCCACCUAGAGGUGCCUUAGAAGAUAGGCCGGGCAAUCUGUUUCCCAAAGGUCACAGCUUUAAAAACCCCAUGGAACACUUCUACUCUGUACACAUGGGGUCGUCGUGAAUCAAAAUGGGCUCAGCGGCAGCUAACAACAACGGUGGGCAAUGUCUUGGCAGGAGUGGAUCAGAUUCUGGCUGGGAGCUACAGACAGGGUUUGUAGGGUUGGGAUUUUGGUGAGACGAGUGAGGCAUUUACCUGAGGCACAAAAUUUAAGGGGAGGAGAUAAAAAAAACUCAGUAAUCAAGACAAAAUAAUAUUUUAAUGCCAUAUUAAAAAAAAAUCAAAAUUCAUGCAAAAAUCCAUGAUGAACAAAAUACCAACAUUUUAAUUAAAGACAGGUUGUUGUUUGUUUUAUGCCCGUGUGUUUUUAUGAACUCUGUUUCCAAAAAUCAGUCAGUAAAAACCAUGUGGAUCCCAAUGGAACAUGAUCCGCAACCGAUCAUGGGGAUUGCGUAGGACCAGGCAAUGUUUUGUUCCAUUGUUCAAGGGGUCCCCAGGAGUUGGGCCCAACUCAAUAGCAGCUAACAACAAAACAAUAGGAACAUUUACAGCUGUCUGAUGACUCAGCCAUAAACCUGUGUGGUGUGAACUAUUAAAUCAUCAUCGAGAUAAAAUGUGAUGUAAAAUAUGGAAAAUGACUAAAGACGUUAUUAAAUUAUUUCUUCUCAUCUUAAUUUCCAGUGAAUUCUUCAUGCCUGGGCUGGUUGAUACACACAUCCAUGCUCCUCAGUAUUCAUUUGCUGGAAGUAACUUAGACCUGCCGCUUUUGGAGUGGCUAACCAAGUACACGUUUCCUACAGAACACAAAUUCCAGAAUAUUGACUUUGCUGAAGAAGUAUAUACCAGAGUUGUCAGAAGAACACUAAAGAAUGGAACAACUACGGCUUGUUAUUUCGGAACAAUUCACACUGACUCAUCCCUGCUCCUUGCGGAAAUUACAGAUAAAUUUGGGCAGCGAGCAUUUGUGGGCAAAGUGUGCAUGGAUUUGAACGACAGUGUUCCAGAAUACAAGGAAACCACUGAGGAAUCAAUCAGGGAAACUAACAGAUUUGUGUCAAAAAUGCUUCAAAGGAAUUAUUUGAGAGUGAAGCCGAUAGUGAUGCCACGGUUUUCUCUUUCCUGCUCUGAGUCUUUGAUGAGUGAACUUGGCAACAUCGCCAAGACUCAUGAUUUACACAUUCAGAGCCACAUAAGUGAAAAUCCUGAUGAAGUUGAAGCUGUGAAAAACUUAUACCCUAAUUAUAAAAACUACACAGAUGUGUAUGACAAAAACAAUCUUCUGACGAAUAAGACAGUGAUGGCGCAUGGCUGCUACCUUUCUGCAGAAGAACUUAACGUUUUCAGUGAACGAGGAGCCUCAAUCUCACAUUGUCCCAAUUCUAACUUAUCGCUGAGCAGUGGCUUUCUAAAUGUGCAAGAAGUCCUGAAACAUGACGUGAAGCUAGGACUGGGUACAGAUGUUGCUGGUGGUUAUUCAUCUUCCAUGCUUGAUGCAAUCAGAAGAGCAGUGAUGGUUUCCAGCGUCCUUUUAAUUAAUAAAGUAAAUGAGAAAAGCCUCACCCUCAAAGAAGUCUUCAGACUAGCUACUCUGGGAGGAAGCCAAGCCCUGGGGCUGGAUAGUGAGAUUGGAAACUUUGAAGUGGGCAAGGAAUUUGAUGCACUCCUGAUCAACCCCAAAGCAUCAGACUCUCCCAUUGACCUGUUUCAUGGGGAUAUUGCUGGUGGUAUUUCAGAGGCUGUUAUCCAGAAGUUCCUCUAUCUAGGAGAUGAUCGAAAUAUUGAAGAAGUUUAUGUGGCCGGAAAGCAAGUGGUCCCGUUUUCAAGCUCCGUGUAAAGACCCUCGGGUUUUUGCGGAUGUUCUUCUGGGACAGCAUGGUCUUGGGUCUCCCUUCUGCCCAGGAGGAGUUAGAAAGUCAAAAAAAAAAAAAAAACAGUACCUUGUUCUUGGGAUAAAUAUCUUUCUGUGUCUAGUUACGCUUGACAAAUCCUUCCAAGGACAUUUGCAUUAAUUCUUAACUCCCUCGUUGGGAGAGUUGAUAAUUUCAUGAAAAUUCCCCCAUCUUGAGCUGUUAUAGAUUUACUUUAAGCUCAAACGUAAGGAAAUGUUUUUGCUGGUGGUCUUAUUAUGAGAUGUAAGUAAAAUCUAUUUCAUGUUUUGAAAUGUGGAGAGAAAAGAUAUUCCUAGAAGGUUAAAUAUUUUGAGCUAAUACAUGUGAAAAUUAGAAACCUGAAAAGCACCAGUGAAAAUAUUUUUGUGAGCGAGUAAAAGACUAUGAACAAAUUUUGGAAAAUCACUUAGGAUUGUGUUUGAAAAUUACGGGCUGAGCAUACUAAUUUACUAAGAGAACUUGCUAAAUUUUAAAAUGUAUUUCUAGAUCGACCUUGUGUUCUGGAAACUUAAAAGAAUUUGCAGUUCAGUAUAGUUGUGCUUUACCUUCUUUGGGGUGAAAUGUUGGAAAUUGAAUGCCAUAUCCUUUCUCAAUGUAAUCCUGUGCUUGAGAGUGUUUGACAGAAGUGAGUAUUCAAGAUUUAAAGUCUCUUAGGAAUAUUCCUCAUAUAACUAUGUGGCAUAAAUAGUUGUAUUUUUGUGUACUUUAAAAUCACCUUGAUUUAUAGCUGUGUGAUGUUAUUGCUUCAGUUUUAUUAGAAGAGAAAGCAAUUCCAUAUUCCACUGUUGUGUAAACUGGAGUCUUCAUAAGUUGCAGCGAGUGGUGGACAUCUAGUUGUCAAUACUAAGAGGAAGGAUUCCAUGACAGUGGUCUAUUCUACCCAAGUACUAUACGAUAGUUCCUGGAAAUUUCAUACACAGAUAUGAAUCUGCUGAAAUUUUAAAAUAAAGGACAAACCCUGUUAAAGAAAUAUUAUUAAAAAUCUGUAAGCCCUGCCUAUUGAAUGCACUCCAUUUCCCAGUUUUAUGCAGUUGUCUGUUUUAUUCCUUACACUUUUCAGGACAUUAGAAUUUUAGAAUAACAACAACAACAAAAAAGUACAUGCCCCAUUUUAUGGUUAUACUAAUUUGUAUUAGACACAUAGGAACAUUAAACAAAGCAAAGAACAUUUUAUACUUCUUAGCUAAUAUAGAGUGCUUUCCCAUAACCUAGAAUUAAAACCAAAUUAUGACCUUAUAAUGAAUCCUUGAAAAGUAUUGAUAUGAAUAUGUAAUUUAAAUCCCACACAUUUCUCAUUUAAUCCCGAAUACUAUAAACCAACAAGGAAGAGGAAUAGUUUUUCUUAAUAUAUCGUAAUGCUUGUUUCUAGAACCUAGGUGAGACUUCUUAAUAUUGCCUCAUGGUAAAGAACUUUAUGUAAUAUGGCUAACUCCAUAUUUACAGAACUAAGAACACAGUCCCUCCUCCUAUACUAUAAAUUCUAUUUUCACAUAUUCAUGCUAAUUCACACUAAUUUACCCAGUUUUUUUUUUCCUGGUAGACUAACAACACUAACAGAAACACUUUUAGAUUUGAUUUAAUACACUAAAUCUAAAGAUGGAACACAUUUUUGGUUGUAUUUUUUAAAAAAUAACAGAAUUAGUGUUGUGGGGUGCUACGUAACUCAGCAAAUCCAAUUUCAGCCUCUUAUUUCCAGUAUUGUUAAUGCCUGAUCCAUGUCAAAGAUGCUUUGCCAGAUUUCUCCUCACUUCUCUAUAGUGCCAGCAGGUGUUGGCUGCUCUGACUUCCAACCCCUGCCAGAGGAGCUUGGUUAUGUGGUGUCUAACCCAAUGGAGUAGACUCAGGGAUUCAGUGAAAUGGACAAGAGUUACUAAUAGGCAACAGAUACUCCCAACAGUUGCAAGAUCUUAUACUUUUACCUUUCUUAAGCAUAGACAUUUUGAUGUUGAACAUCAGAUUUCAUUUAGAUUUAGGUUCCACAUGCAGUAAAUACAAAUGUGUGCCAUCAGAAGCAGGAAGAAUGGCCAUUUACAACCAAUCUGUCAAACAUUAGAUUUAGCCUUGAUAGUAUGCUAAGACCUGCAUAUCAUUUGUAGGAAGAAUAGAAUGUGUUGAAAUGUUUGUAUGUACUUUGAUCUCCCUGCAUCCCUAUAGCUUAUAUGUUUUCUUCCUCCAAGUGCAGUGUUCCUGAAUGUUGCAUAUGCUCUUUGCAGUAUUACAGACAUUAGCCAUUCUUGUGGCCAGAUGUUCCACAUUUUGAAAUGUUGCCUUUGCCUAAUGUAGGUUGACUUUCUUUAUUGUGGAGAGGCCGUAUUCUAAGCCAAUCCUAGUUGUCACUUUAUCCUUGAAUACUUUGCUGUCUGACAGGAAAGAAAGAGUUAACACUUAUCAGCCCCCUCACCCCACCCCACACCAUUUCAUGGUAUUUUUUAAUGGAAUGCACUUUGAAAGGUAAAAAUGUUUUCAAUAAUAGUGACUAUCAUAAAUUUACGAAAUAUUUUCUUGCAACCAGAACACAAAAGCAAACAGCUUCUUUUUUUUUUUUUU